AUGUUAUCACGUAGAGAUAAACUGUUGGUACAGCCGUGGGAAGAAAAAAGAUUUAAAGAUCAUAAAUAUAAAGUUAAGUCCGCAUUACCGGCCAUAGACGACCGCGCACCUGCCGCGCGACCACAUGUCGCUCUCAAGCUUAAGAAGUUCCAGUGUGAGAUGGACCGCAAAGCCAAGAUCCAAAACGACAACUUCAGUCUGCUACAGCGGCUUAACGCCAUCAUGAAAGUUAAUCGCCUCGACAAUCAUUGGACGAAGCCGCUGCCGAACUUUCAGCACAAAGUGGGUCAAUUUUACGAUGUGGAGGCGCUAAACAACAAAUUGACGGCGCGCUCUCUGGCCGAGACCUCGACAGAGCAGUCCUACAGCAACGUAAAGUGCUACGCUUGCGAGAAUAAAAAAGCUAAAACGCAAACCAAUGAAGGAAAACAGUACCAGAUGUUACCAGCAGACAAUGAAAUAAUUCCUUAUUUAAUUAAUAAAAUGAACUAA